CAUUUGGCGGCAAGCGUGAUACAGGCGUCGAGUACUUCGCGCAAGCUUUUGCCUCUGUAACUGUGUUUUGUGGAUGAAAACGUUCCCUUUUAUACGCCUUUAUAACCGUCGUAUUGUUAUGCGUAGGCUUUGAACAGGUGGCCGCCGUUAGUGAAGCUUGAAUGACGACUGGUCGACCACCACCACAACGGAGACGCCGGGAAGACCAGGGAAGACGCUCAACCACGCUGAAGCCACAAAUGACAAUUCGUCACUGAGAUAUAUUUUCGUGAAUGUUGCCACCCCUUCGGGCAUCGUUAACAAUAUGCCUGCAUUACAGCAAGACAUUAGGGAUACGGCGGUUCAGUUCGUGAAAGCUCUGGAGUGCCCUAUUUGCCUGGAAAUUUUACGGGAUCCGUUAUCAACCAGUUGUCAUCAUCGAUUCUGCAGAUUAUGUCUGGAACAGGCCCUCCAAGACAACUACAAGAUUCCAUGUCCACUUUGCAAGGCAGUGGUCACAAAGAGGUCCCUCACUCAGAGUGACCUCAUAGUGAAGCUGGUGGAUAAGGUGAAGCAGCUGGUGCAGGCUGUGAAGAGUGACUGUGGUGUGGAAGUCACACCACGAAGGGGCCAGUUAGAGCCAGCAAAUGCACCUCUGGAGCGGCACUUGGUCCACUCAUCUGCCCAGAAAGCGGCAACAUCGUGCAAGAAUUCCCUGAACUUAAGCUCACGUGCAACGAACAAAAGGGCAUUUGCUGUGCACACUGAUGCUGACAUUGGUGCUGCCAACAAAAAGCCAAGAUCUACUGCAACUUCUGUGCAUGGCAAGCCAACACUAUCCAAGGACAGCGAGUCCCACGGAAGUGUUAGCUCCAGAAGAUCAAACAAGAGCCUACAAGAGACAAAGGAAAACAGCAGUGCUGAAACAAAGCAAAUUUAUGCAACACGCGCCAAGUCAUCGAUGGUUUCUGCCAGCAGUACUGCUGAAAAUAUGUCGAUGGCUUCAUCGAGACAGGAGCUUCGUUCAAACUCUUCGGAAGCUCCUAUGGAGGUAGAAAUGCAGUCUUAUGAAGCGAGCGCUAGCAGACACUUGCAAGACAGCAGUGAAAAUCACGCUGAAAAAGUGCAAGAUUGGCUUCAAAAGUGUGACAGUGUUCCUCAAAAAAACACACCUUCAGGACUCGAAAGGUCUGAAGCGCAGGAGAGCUGCAGUGGCCCUGCUGAAAAACAACUUGGUUCGAACCGCUUCUUCACCUCAGCUAAUCAAGCAUGUAUUGUUUCAGGGAAGAGAAAUUCAGUACUUGAUGUUUCAGACACUGAUCCAUACAAGUUCAUCCCAAGCCAAAAGUCUCUGCAAGCUGUACGGCGUGGAAAAAGACGGCUCCGAGGGAAUGGUCGAGCAGCAGGCCUAGGGGCUAAGCGAAUGUCACGAAGAAAGUCCGACCAGCAGAAGUCUGUUUGCGAAUUUGAGAACUUGAGAGACCUGUAUGCAGAGGAGAAGGCUCAAGAAGAGGACGAUGCCAGAGAGCUUGAGAUAGAGCUAUUUGUGACUCCUGGUGUCAGGCCUUGCGUAGAAAAAAAGGUGAUCAAUCAGAGAAGGUCCCUCACAACAACGAGGAGGCGGUCCCGGAAAAUUAAGAGCAACUUGCAGCUUAAGCCACUUGAAGAGCAGGUAGCGGAACUGCAAAAAAAUAUUUCGGAAGCCGAGGGCCAUGAGCUUGUUAUCGCCAAUGCUUUGCCAGGAAAUAUGGUGAGCAAGCGGGCUGAACAUAUUAGAAACACUAGUGCUUUGAAGGAUGUUUCGAACCUGAAAGCCCAGGCAGAAAAUAAGGUGCAAAAUGUUGUCAUAUCAGCUUUGUCCAUGUCGUCAAGUGAAGAAGAAAACCUACCUCAGCAACUUUCUUCUGGGGUUGACAAGCCAAUGUCCUGCCAGCGAGAGAAAACCGACGCAGUACUGCACUCAAAAACAAGUGCCGAACCAGUGAAAGAAAAGGGAAUUGUUGACCUGUGUUUUGAUGACGAAGGAGGGGUGGGCGCAGCUGCUGAGAAAUGCAAGGGAUACCCCGCAAGAAGGUGUACUUGGCGAUGUGAUACCUGGCGGGAAGUUUGCCUGCAAUGAUGCACAAGAAAAUGCAACCCUCUCACAGUGGAUCCCCUGCUGAUGCUCCAAAGCGAUUUGGGAUCUAAAGGUGCCAAACCGAGCGAUAGUACUCUGGAAGAACGAUGCCAGGAGAACAGUCAGUCAGAGGAGCAGAGUUGUGGUCAUCGUCCACUAUCUUUGAAGGACUUCGAAGGAUUCUUCAAGAAGUCGAGCAGAAAAACAUUUGACAUCAAUGCCAGCACACAGGACUUGGAAUCGCUUGGUAGCGGUGCGGUGGACACCCUUGAGUUGAUGACAGAUGUCUGCAAUAGCCUGAAGCAGGUUCAAGCCAGUGAACCAGAUCUAGCCCCAGUGUAUGAGGAGCCAGGAUCUAUGAUGGUGCCCACCAACCAUGGAGCUAACCACCAGGUCAGUGUACCACAUGAAGGGGAUACGUUACUACCUCGCAAAACUAGCAGAGUAGACCAGUACUCCCCCUGUUCCAGUGACAGCAUACACAAAAGCAAAGAUCAUCAGCAUUCACCUUCAACCACCAGUUGUCCUGCCUCAACGAUUGUUCCGGCAGUUGAACCAGCUGUCGAGGAUGGUAGCUGUAAUACCUGUCACGUGACCAAUGCCAAUGUAGCUUGUCCAGCUUGUAACGCACAACUCUCUUUGGUGUGUGGGGAUGGCGUCAUCAAAGUGGUACUGAAAGGACAGCCACAACGGCCAGUCCUCAUAGAAACUGGAAUGUGCACCGAAAGACCUUUCACCAAGGUCAUCAUUUGCAGAGAGGCUACAACUCAGACGGAAAGUUCAGAUUCCAAGGAGCUUGAGCCUGGAAGCUGUGGUGACAGUUGUUCAAACUUACCAUCACCUCACCUGCCAGUGGCAGCUCCUGAUGCUGUACAAGCGCAAACUGCAAUGAUUGACAGUGGUGCUAGCGACAAAGUGCUCAACGGACAGACAAAGUAUAGCCACAUUUCAAACACUUCCAUCUACAUUGAUGCCAGUUCUGCCUGUGUUGGCCUUCAAGGAGAACCGGUCACACAUGGUCAUGCAAAACUUGCAAAACCAACAGUUGAAAAUGCUGUACUGAAAAGGAGAGAGGAAAUUUUGGACUUGGACUACAUGAAUGAGAAGCCACGAAGCACAGAAGUAUUGUGUGAAAAUACAGAAGACCAGGGAGUCUUGCCAAGCCGACCGAACCUCUUUCGUGCAUCACAAUUCGGGCUCAGGACAAUUGUCGAAGAUACUGAAGAGAUGGACACCACCCCACCAAUUAAGUCAAAAGAAAUUGACACAUUGCAAAGUAGCCCUGUGCAGCACGAAGAUAGUGCAUCCAAGUGUGAUGGGGUUGAAAAGCGGGAAAUUCAGAGCGAGGCCCAGUGUUCCGCAGAGACAUCCUUGUUACAGAGCCAGAAUGAGGUGUUUUUGAGGCGAGAGGGCACAAAACUUUCCGAUCUUGGAAGCAAGUGUCCAGAAAGCAGUCCCACGUCAUGCCACACGAAAAGAGUGCUACCUCAAUACAAACAGAGUACAGGCUUCAGUUCCCAGGCAGAUCAAAUGGAGACGUACAGUAAUGACAGGGACCCUUGUAGUCGAGAAGCAUGCUUUCAAUCACAAAAGGGUAGACAGCACAGCAUGCAAGAGGAGCGUGAUGACCCGAACACUCCACCAAAGGAAGAUACCUGUCACCAUAUUGCCGAGGCUCCUGCCUCGCAUUUGCCUGAUGUCACUAACGCUACAUUGCCAGGAGCAACGUGUGACCAAGACAUGAGUAGUUCUGUCACGCCUUCGUUUGCAACAGCCAACGAUGAAUCCGAAGUUCAGAAGGCUUCCUCGCCUCAUGCACACAUCAACCGUUCCCCAGAAAAAGUUGCUACCAGUGACAAGCCAGAGGCAGUCAGUCCAAACCAAGACGGCAGCCACACCUCGGCAGAGUCUUCGCCCUGGUCUUCUCCAAUCCUGAUUAGAAGGGUAGCUCCGCGUAGUGCACAAAACAAGGCUAAGAAGGCCUUGAUGUCUAGUGACACAACAUCUCGAGGAGAUGAUACAGACUCGUGUGAAGUCAUUGAGGCGCCUUCCAAAGCUGGUUUGGGGCGUAAGUCUUCCAGGCAGAUUCUGCCCAGUGUGGCCGCGGACAGUGACAGCGACAGUGAUCCUGUGACAGAAUCAGAGGCCCAAGAGCUCCUGAGGCAUGCAGUGCUGGAAGGUGACAGUGAGGAAGCUGCUGUCAUUUUCGCCAAGCGAGCUGUUGCUCCCCUUGAAGCAUGUAAAAAGCCACGUGUGCCGCAGCUACAAGCAUCGAAGAGGUCUGUCUGGUCUCCAGAGAAGUGCCACAGCACUCUGCGACCCACCCAAAAAGUGGGAACAUCUUCCCAAGGGAAGCAUCACAGUCUAUGGAAGAAGCAUGACAGCUCCGUAAAUGAUGGUGACAACUCUGAGAACACUGGUGGACGCAGCCUAGCAACCACCCUAUCAAGCACACUUUCAGAAGGUCUCGACAGAACACUGAAGGAGAAGAUGCUAGAACAAGACAUUGCAGACAUGAAAAAGCAGAUGAUGAUGCUGGAGAAUGAGCUGCAGAAAACUACUGCCGGCAAAGGAAGAAACGACAACCCCAACAAUAAUUCAGCUGCCAACAACACUGUGGUUGCAAUGAAUGGGAAAGACGACAAUUGGGACUGGGACGACAGCGAUGGCCCUGAUGAAGUUGUCGACUUCGUGCCCCCAACACCACCAAGGAAAUCGCGGUCCAGCGGUGACGAAUCUUAUUGCAGCACAACAAAAUGAUCACCAUGGCUAGAUUUUUUUUUUUGUACAGAACAAAGAUGCACCUCCAGAAUUUCGUGCUCUGGAAAAUUUGAAAGGUCACAUUAAUAGCACCCCACGUGAAUGAUGUCAGAACUAACACUACUCUUUUGAGGCUUCUUUACUUUGGGCUGCUGCUCAUACAUUGAGGGAGAGCAGAGAUAUCUUUUUGCUAUACUUUUUGAGAAGAUCCUUUCAUCCAGCUUGGAUGAAAAAUGAUGCACAUUUUCCGAAGCGUACGUUACCUAAAUGAUUAGGCUUAUGUUAGUGAAAUAAGGCAAUUUGUGCUGCUUACACCAAAUUUUUUUCUCAUCACAUGCUAUGAUGACUCUUUGUUUGACAGUUGAUUCCAUUUGUCAUUUGAAGUCGCUUAAGACAGGAGUGUAUUUGGUUCGCAACUUGUAUUUAAAGGUGCGCACACAUUUUGUAAAAUACCGAAGUGGACAAAAGAACACGAACACUCUAUAAUAUUGUAAAUAAAAAAUAUAUUUGUGCUUUUCUG